UUUAUCACAAAAAAUAUUUAACUUGUUACUAGCGCCAUAAGUGAUAGACACACCGUUUACAUCUUCCGGCGCGUGCUGCAAGCCUACUGUAACAGUGGACUACCGGCGAAUCAAGCACAGACAUGAUGGACAUACGUCCGAACAACACAAUCUACAUCAACAACUUGAACGAAAAGGUCAAGAAAGAUGAGCUGAAGAAGUCGCUGUACGCCAUAUUCUCGCAAUUUGGCCAAAUCCUGGACAUCAUCGCGCUGAAGACGCUCAAGAUGAGGGGCCAGGCAUUCGUCGCCUUCAAGGACAUCAACAGUGCCACCAACGCUCUGAGGUCGAUGCAGGGCUUCCCGUUCUACGACAAGCCGAUGCGCAUCCAGUAUGCGAAAACAGACUCGGACGCCGUGGCCAAGCUCAAGGGUACCUUCGUGGAGAACUCUCGGAAGCGCACGCCCGCUGACGGCGAGCCUGCGCCCAAGAAGAGCAAGAAGAAGAAGACGCAGCCACAGGCACAGGCGCAGCCAGCGAUGAUGAUGGGAGUCGGCAUGCCCAUGGCAGCAGCGACGGGAGCCCUACCAGAGCAGCCCCCGAACCAGAUUCUCUUCCUGACCAACCUGCCUGAGGAGACAAACGAGAUGAUGCUCUCCAUGCUGUUCAACCAGUUCCCCGGCUUCAAGGAGGUGCGAUUGGUGCCCGGCCGGCACGACAUUGCCUUCGUGGAAUUUGAAAAUGAGAUUCAGUCAUCGGCAGCCAAGGAAGCCCUGCAAGGCUUCAAGAUCACACCGACGCAUGCCAUGAAGAUUACGUUUGCCAAGAAGUAGUCCAAGAACUGAAUCUACCUACGUGACUUUUUUUUUACUCACAUUUGUCUUUUUUUUUUUCAUAUGUGUGCGUGCACAUCAUGAUCUAUGAGUGAGCAGUAAUAAACUGCUUCAUCGUCGCCUUAAA